CUGCAACAUCUGCAGCUAAGGUGCGCCGCAGCGCGCCCAUUGAAGGGUACAUGUUUCGCUGAUACAUGGCCGCAAUGGGUGGGAGAGGCGGUGAUGGCGUCGUCAACUUUUCGAGAUCGCGGAGGUCUUGGCACGACAGGGAUCUUCUGACGCACCACGUGCCCUCACUUUCACCAUCUCAUCUCCCUUGAGCUCACUUCACCCGGCCACGUUGCCGAUAAGCAAAUCACAGCCCACCAGGGUCCUCGCUUCCAUUCCGCGACCUUUCUAUCCGAACUUUUCACCCACAAAGCUUCCGUCGCGACACCCUCAUCGUCACCACAACAGGGCGCAAUAUCGACAAACUCCAGUCAUUCCCUCCUGCUUUUGUUCCAUUGUGAACCCACACUCCUUUCCAAUCGCUCAAGCCGCCAAAAGUCCCCAAACUCGUCAAUAUGCUCAGGCGCGCCCCCACCACCAUUCAGCUGACCCAGGCCGAUAUCGAACAGUACGAGGCCAACCGACAGCGCAAGCUGUGGGAGCAACAACAAGCAAGCUCGUCGCAGUCCACCCAGAGCUCUGAGAAGCCCCAACAAAUUCCUCAAAAGAGCAAAAAGGACCGCAUCUUAGGUGGGCGCUGAUCCCGACUCACGCGACGGGCGACGCGUUUUCUUGAACAAGUUUGCGCUUCCCAUCACAUCGAGCGCAGCUCGAACAGAUUUACGCGUCUUUUUUUUUUUUUGCGCAGGCGCAUUUUUGAGCCUGCUCCACCUUAGUACAUUAUCGUUGGCUCAGCGACAUCUGGAUGGCUGUUCUUGUUGUGUCUCGAAAGCGCGCGACCUUUCACGAACUUUGACGGCUUUGCACUUUUGCACUUUUGGAUACGGAAUUUCUUGGGGAAUUUGGCGCCCACUUGCAGCCUACCUCAUAAAGCUUGUUACCUGGUUUUAUACGAAUUCACGACGAAUUGAACGGCCAUGCUUUUGCAAGAAUGCCACCCCUCCGCGGCUCUCGGCUCUCUUGUACAGA